UUUAGCGAUGAGGAGUUCCUGUCGGAUGCGGCAAACCGGCAUCAUUGUUCUGCAGAUAUUGUAGCUGAGUUUGGUGGUUCUGGAAGGACUCUCUCUGUAAAUAAAAGCCAUGGGGAAGGAUUACUAUAAAAUCCUUGGCAUACCUUCAGGCUCUAAUGAGGAUGAAAUCAAAAAGGCCUACAGGAGGAUGGCCCUAAAGUUCCAUCCAGACAAAAACAAGGAUCCCAAUGCUGAAGAGCAGUUUAAGGAGAUAGCAGAGGCUUAUGAGGUUCUGAGUGACCCAAAGAAGAGAGUCAUCUAUGACCAGUACGGCGAGGAUGGUUUGAAAACAGGUGGCACAGGCUCAUCUAGUGGACAAGGGACUACAUAUCACUACACCUUCCAUGGGGAUCCACAUGCCACCUUUGCUUCUUUCUUUGGAGGCUCCAACCCCUUCGAUAUAUUCUUCGGCUCUGGACGCCAGCGGGGAACCACCAAUGGCACUAAUGACCAUGGUGGCGAUCAUGACAUGGACAUUGACAUGGAUGGAGAUGAUGAUCCUUUCAGUUCCUUCAGCCACUUUGGCUUCAAUGGUAUCAAUGGUUUUCAUCACGGUGGAGGUCGAAGACAUCGUAAAGAGCCCCUUCACAGCAGCCGGAGGAAAGUACAGGACCCUCCGGUGGUGCAUGAGCUUAAAGUGUCUCUAGAGGAGAUCUUCCAUGGAUGUACCAAGCGGAUGCGAAUCACUCACAGACGACUGAACCCAGAUGGAAGGACAAUGAGGACAGAGGACAAGAUCCUUAACAUUGUUAUCAAGAGAGGCUGGAAGGAAGGGACCAAGAUCACCUUCCCCAAAGAGGGUGAUGAGACUCCUGAGAACAUUCCUGCUGAUGUUGCAUUUGUGCUCAAAGACAAAGGACACCCACUCUUCAAAAGGGAUGGAUCCAACAUCAUUUACACAGCCAAGAUCGGUCUUAAGGAGGCGUUGUGUGGCUGUACAGUGAACAUUCCCACCAUUGACAACCGAGCAAUCACAUUGCCCUGCAACGAUAUCAUCAAACCAGGCACAAUCAAGAGACUACGUGGAGAAGGCCUACCUUUCCCAAAAAAUCCGUCUCAACGCGGGGAUUUGAUAGUGGAGUUCCAGGUGCGCUUCCCAGACAGAAUACCACCCCAGUCCAGAGAGAUCAUCAAACAGCACCUACCACAGUCUUAGAGGAAGUUCAGUGGAUACAUUGUAUGGUUAUGUUUUUCAAACACGUUUUCCCCAACAAUACAGACGCUGAAUUCGAAGACUGACAAAUAUGUCAUAAGGACCAGAGGCUCAUUUAAAAUUUUGUUAUGCCGAGGUCCGUGGCUUAUAACCAGGACUUUAUUUUUAGAAAUCUUUUUUUUUUAUAUAAUUUCCCCAUUUUGGUGUAAUGAUGGCGAUGAGGACCGCUGGCUAUUUACUCUGGAUUUGAAUCGGUGUUAUUUUGUAGCAGACUAAAUUCCCUUCCCUUGUAAUAUUCGAUAAUCUCGUUUUAAAAGAAGUGUUCUGUGUAAGACAACUAAAGCACCAGCAGAGCCAUUUGAUAACUAUUUGAUAUAUUUCCACUCCCUCACUCCAUCAACAGUCUACAGGUGCUUUCUGGUAGUUCUUGAAGUACCAGGUACUGGCAAUUAUGGUAAACCUUUGGUGGGAUGAUUACAGGAUUUUUGAGGUCACAGAAAUUUUGAGUGCCUUAAUGUGGCUCAAACCAGCUAUUUUAGUUUUAUUAGCAUAGAUCUAUAGGUAUCAUUGAAACAAAUAUACUAAUUAGAUUAUUUUGUCAUUUCUAUACCCAAAAAUAAUGUAUGGCAGUAACCAUCAUUAAAAGGGAUAGUUUGCCCAAAAGGAUAAUUUGGUCAUGUAGUCAUCUUCAUGGUGCUCUUAAUAUAUGAUGUUAUUGUUUCUGUGAAACACGAGGAGUUAGCUGGAAGGAUAUCUAGCUAAAAAGAGUUAAAAAGUACUGUAUUCUAAAGUAGAGGAAAGCUCUCUCUCUCUCUCUCUCUCUCUCUCUCUCUCUCUCUCUCUCUCUCUCUUAAUUUAACCAAGGUGCAAAGGGGAAAAAAGACAAAAACAUAAAAAAACAAAUCGCCAUAGGCAAUAUUGUGCAUAGUCAAGUUAUAUUAUAAGUUUUAAGUAUUUGACACAUCACAUGGAUCAUACAAAAAAAAAAAUCUUUGACCUAGACUGUCAAGUUAAUAUGUACACAACAUUUUACGACUUGGUCUGACAAACCGUCCUUGCUAACAGUUAUUCAUUAUUUCAUUGACUGAGAGAAGGAACAUUUCAGUGAAUAAUAAAUUCAGUGAAUAAUACAUUCUGGUCUGUUUCUGUGUCAGGUUGUUUUGCCAAAGUUUGACAGCUGUAGUCAAGAACAAUCUUAAAUACCACCUGUAUUAGUUAUUUAACUUUUGUGUUAAAUUUGAGCAACAUGUGGGCAACAUAAUAUUUAAAUAAUCUUUGAGAAGGGAUAGCUAUUGGAAAAUGCUCAUUCAUUUACUUUAAUAUACACCCCACCCCACGCAUUAAAAGAAACACAAACAUCCUCCGAAGUACAUGACAGUCUCAGUAAAUUAAAAUGACCAUUUUUAAAACUAUAUGAAAAAAAUGAAAGUGAAUAGAAAAAGUAUGUUACUUUAUAUUGAUAAAACUGUUUGAAGAUUGAUCUGACACUGACACCUGUGGAAGUUUUUGUUUUCUUUUUUUUUUGAAACAGGCCUUCAUUGUUCAGUAAGCACAGCUAGAGCUAGAGUUAUGAGGGAAUUGUUUUUUGAACAGCUUUUAACUACAGCAGUUUCGGUAUACUGUAUUUCACACUUUUAAACGUGAAAAAACUUGCAAUAGUUCUCUAUAUUUUAGUUUAGAUUUAUAUAAAGUGCAAAAUGUCCCUUUUAAUCUAUUUGUGAUGUACCAUCUUUCUACAGUAACAGCAGCCUUUGAGUAACAGUAUUUUCGAUUUCAACAACAAUUUUAAUAUUUCCAGGGAUCCUUCCAGGAUAUCUCUUAUACAGUUGUAACUAUGUCAUUUAAUCAUUACUGUAUUUGGUGAUAAAAUGAAAGUACGGAGGAACAUAACCUUUUUAAGUACUGGUGUCAUGUUGUUUUAUUAUGUGCUGGUCUAUGAUUGGAUUGUUGUACUCAAGAGAUUCUCACCAUUGUACUCAAGAGA